GAGAUUUAAUUGCUAUCUCUCGCACUCGCUGAAAGGAAAAUCUGUACCAACAAUCACAUCUUGAAAGAAAAUGUGGAAGCUGAUAACUGUUAUCACCACGUUAACAGCUAUGAGGUUGUUGACAGAAUCGGUAGAUGAAAUAUCCUCCUCUCGGCCACGUGACUUGUACGAGUAUGUAGAUGGCAAACACGGAAAGAAGGUGGUGAACAUGAGUGACGUGUUGUACCGAUGUCUGUUGCGGUUCCAGAAAUGCAUGACAGAUACGGACAACCCCUACAACGUAACUCUUCUAGACCCUCUCGAGUUCUCCUUGGAUCAUCUGGUUCAACGGCAGACUAUCCAGUUGACAGGCAACAUCAACGGGUCAGUGACGUCACUGUCACAGUUCAACGUCAACUACUUGCUGGUAGCCAUGGCUACUAAAUCAGCCAAGAUGUCUGGCAGUCUCCCUCACCUCUCCCUGACAGGCAGCUACAAUGUCUCCGGUACCGCAGCCGGUGUACUGCCUGUGUACGGGGCUGGUCCAUACAGUGCUGAGAUGAAGAACGUAAGUUUGGACAUAAUAACGAGACUCAGCAAUGACAGAAACUCCACCAAUAUCGCCAUGACGGACUUCAUUGUCAAGUUCAAGCCAGCUCUAGUAGAGGUCACUCUUGGCGGGUUUCUCGGUGGAGGUCCGCUUGGUCAGCUGAUGGAAGAGUUUCUUCAGGAUACGAUUCUCCAGUUCAUAAACAGGGCUAAGAGAUUGAUCGCUGACGAUCUUAGUCGUACCACCAUAGACGCUGUCAACUCGAGACUGACAGGCUACAAUAUUAGUGAUGUUAUAUCGUUCUUGAUGAGCUUUGGAAAUAAAACUGAUGCAUGUUGAAA